CUAACUCUUUACAUAAAACAAACGUUCGCAAAACAACCCUACAAAAUCGUAAAAUCUUGUCUGUGGGUUUGUCUAAAUAUCUGCCUUUAAUCUCUAAAGAAUCCUUUUGCACAAAAUGGCUUCAUUGGACAUAAAUAAGUUAGAUUUAUAUGCUAUUCUUGACGUAUCUGAAGAAGCUUCAGAAAAGGAGCUUGUGAAAGCAUACAGAAAACGUGCACUAAAAUGUCAUCCUGACAAAAAUCCUGAUGACCCAAAUGCAGCUGAAUUAUUCCAUAAGUUAUCAAAGGCCUUAGAACUGCUAACAGAUCCUGCUGCACGUGCGGCUUAUGACAAAGCUCAAAAAGCAAAGAAGGCAGCAGAGAAGAGACACAAGGAACUUGAUAAGAAAAGGCAAAAACUAAAAGAAGAUUUAGAAUUACGUGAAGGGGAGGUUUAUAAACAAAAGGAAACAGAAUUUACAGCAACAAGGAAUUUAGCUGCAGAAGUUGAGAGAUUGAGGAAAGAAGGUUCACGAUUACUAGAGGAAGAACAAAAUUUACUAAAGGAACAGAUAAAGAAAGGAAAUGAGAGAAUAAUUAUAGAUGACGUAGCAGAAGAAAUAAAGACACCAAAAUUAAAGAUUAAAUGGAAGGCCAAGAAGGGUGAUGAAAGUAAUGGAGGUUACUCAUAUGAUGUUCUUCACAAUCUUUUACACAAGUAUGGUGAUGUUCUGACCUUAAUUAUCUCCAGUAAGAGAAAUGGUAGUGGCAUUGUAGAGUUCAAGGACAGAAAUGCUGCUAGCAUGGCAUCUCAGUUUGAAAAGGGGCUAGCAGAAAACCCCUUGACAUUUAUCUGGCUUGAUGGACAAGUAGAAACUACUACUGCUAGUCAGCCCACUACUGUUCUUUCAAGUGAUGACACUGACUUUGAAAGCAUAGUACUUCAUAAAAUGAGACAAGCUGAGGAGAGAAAAAGAUUGAUAGAACAAAUGAAAAAAGAAGACGAAAAUAGCUGAAUAAGAUUCAAUAUGAGAUUCUUGGACUGAUAAGGCUGCAGUGCUACUGGAUGAUAAACAGUUUAUGGAACAUGAUGAUGAAGAUUAAAACCAAGUCUUGAGAAGUCAGAAAGUCAGCUGAAAAUUUUACAUAUGACAAUUAAAAAUUGGAAAAAUUAUAUAAGUAAAUGAUUUCCUUAAAGAAUUAUGAGUGAUGACCCAAACUGCCAUCAAACAUGAUUGACAGCAGUACUAAGAAAAGAAAAUUGGAUAAAAUAUCUAAUGAAAAAGUUUGCUACAGAAGUGUGGAUUAUUGAUACCACCGUGAUGUUUCCAGUGAUUUUAUAUUUCCUUUUGUCAUUGUUACAUUGUACAAAGUCAUUUCUGAAUUGAAUUUGAAUAAAUCUUUCUCAUGACGCCUA